AUGGAUAUCAAAGCCAGAUCAAAGGCAAUGAGAGAAAUAGUCACACGACUGGUAGAGAGAGCCCACGGCGCCAUUGAAGUCAAGGUUUUCGGCGAUAAGGUUAUCCUUGACGAGGAUGUCGAAAAUUGGCCCCGUUGUGAUGUACUCAUAUCUUUCUUUUCUACCGAUUUCCCCCUAGAUAAGGCGAUAUCCUACGUCAAACUCCGUCACCCUUUCUGCAUCAACGACCUUUUACCACAAGCUUUACUAUGGGAUCGUCGUCUCGUCGGGGCCAUUCUCGAUCAUUUACAGGUCCCAACACCCAAGCGACUAGAAGUUUCUCGCGAUGGUGGUCCUCAAGUAGAUCUAGAACUCAAAGAAGCGAUGAUGAAGAAGCUUGGUGUCACAUUGGGUGGCUUUAGAGUCACCCCUGAAGUCUCACUCCGCCCAGACGGAAAUGCCAUUGUCAUUGACGGCCAAGUCCUGGAAAAACCCUUCGUGGAAAAACCUGUUAGUGGUGAAGACCACAACGUUUAUAUCUAUUUUCGGGGCGGUGGAGGGCGCCGCCUCUUUAGGAAGGUUGGUAACAAGUCUAGUGAUCUUGACGAUUCGUUGAAUCAUCCCCGGACGGAUGGUUCAUAUAUCUACGAGGAAUUUAUCGACGUCGAUAACUCAGAAGACAUCAAGGUCUACACGGUCGGCAAGGAUUAUUUUCACGCCGAAACGCGCAAGUCCCCUGUGGUUGAUGGUGUUGUCCGCCGGAACACGGAAGGCAAGGAGAUUCGGUUUAUUACCCAUUUGAGUGAGGCGGAGAAGACGUACGCGGCGAAAAUAUGUCAAGCAUUUGGUCAGAACGUUUGCGGCUUUGACAUGCUUCGGUGUGAAGGAGGAAAGAAAACUCAGAUCAUCGAUGUAAACGGAUGGAGCUUUGUAAAGGGAAACGAGGGUUAUUAUGACAAGGCCGCCGAGAUCUUGGCCAACCUCUGUAUCCACGUGUCAUCCUCGCCAGAACGUCCGAUACCCUCAGCAGACGCCACAACCAAGGGGCAGCCACCAACAUGGAUCCUCAAGGCAAAUGUAACAGUCUUCCGACAUGCUGACCGCACACCCAAGCAGAAAUUGAAAUUCAAUUUUCCUAUCGGUGACGUGUGGACCCAACCAUUUGUUCGCUUACUCAAUGGGGAGAAGGAAGAGAUAAUCCUUCGCGAGACAUCUCAACUGAAUCUUAUCGCCCAAGCAGUCGAGGAGGCAAAGGCUCUGGGCGCAAGCGGCGAUGACUUAGCGAAGCUUACGCAGCUCAAUACUGCACUCUUCAACAAGAUUAAUUUUCCUGGAACUAAAGCGCAGCUCAAGCCUGUGUAUUCGAAGAGACAGGCUGGACAGCCAAGGAGGUUAACAAAGCUGACACUGGUCUUCAAAUGGGGCGGUGAAUUCACGCAUUCAGCAAGAUACCAGUCCCGUGACCUCGGAGAGAACAUGAAAAAGGAUCUAACAAUCAUGAACAAGGAAGCUCUUCAGAAUGUCAAGAUAUAUACCUCUUCCGAGCGCCGCGUGAUUGCAUCCGCCGACAUUUUUGCUGCAGCACUUGUCGAUAACAUCCACUCUUCAAGUUAUUCCACUUCUUCGUCAACUCCUAGUUCCCUUUCCUCGCACUCCUCUCAAGAUAGCAGAUUAAGCUCUCAAGGGAUAGCACCUCCGGAACUGAUCAUCCGUAAAGACCUUCUCGACGACUCCAAUGCAGCCAAGGACUUGAUGGACGACGUGAAGAAGCGCUUGAAGAUAUUACUGAGACCCGGUGAACCUGAGAAGCGUCCUGAACUCACAUGGCCAAAGAGCAUGAAAAAGGAGCCGGUCGAAGUUGUCAAGGAGGUCAUCGAACUUUUGAGCUCCUUCCGGACAAUCAUGCAUAAGAAUUUCAAUACCAUGGAUGUGGACACGAUCCAGGAACGAUGGUGUUGCGGUGAUGAGCCUUGGUUAUUCAGGGAACGCUGGGACAAGCUGUUUGAGGAUUUUUGCGAUGUCGAACAAAAGAAGUUUGACCCCUCUCGUGUCUCAGAGCUUUAUGACACCAUCAAGUAUUGCGCGCUACAUCACCGAACAUUUCUGUUCUCAAUUUUCGACCAAAACGCUGGCCACGGUCAGGAUCCCAGCCAGACUCAAGACCGCAAGUUGCAUGAACUUUACGGGCGUGCCAAAGCCUUGUUUGAUCUAGUGGCACCCCAGGAAUACGGCAUUGAAGCUGAUGAAAAGGAACAGAUCGGCGUCCUGACUUCAUUACCACUGCUUCGGAAAGUAGUAGAAGACCUCGAAACUGCGCGAAACAAUGGCGCCAGCUCCUUGACCCUUUAUUUCACCAAAGAAAGCCAUAUUCAUACGCUUGUCAAUCUCGUGCUGCACUCCGGCCUACCGAUUGCGAAUAGGCGGAUACCCGAGUUAGAUUAUUGUUCCCAUAUCACCUUUGAACUCUACGAGCGUAAUUUUGGGCGCGGAAACUCUGAUAAGGAAUAUUCGAUCAAAUUAUCCCUCAGUGAAGGUGCUCACUCGUCGAACGUCCUGGACUCCACUCUGGAUGCACGUCAUUCUUUGAACGUCCAGCCUCGAAGGAAAUUGACGCAACACCUUCCCUACAGCCUCGUCAUCGAGAAACUCUCUAAGCACUUCGGCAAAAUGACCGAGGAUGAUGACACAGGAACGGACACUCCAUUCGAAACGAAUAACUUCCGGGGGCUUUUCCCAAGUGUCAACGAUAGCAGCAGUGACGAUAGAUGA